AUGACUGCAUGCCACCUUCUUUUGGGACGACCAUGGCAAUUUGAUAGACGUGUUUUGUACGAUGGAUAUAAGAAUCAAAUAUCGUUCACUAAAGGUCACAAGAAGCUGAGCAUUUCCGCCCUUCCACUCGAGACCGUCCGUCGUGAUGCUGAACAUUUACAUAGGACUAUGCGAGAUGCGGAAAAAUCAAAAGGGGCUGUUGUUACCGUUUCGGCGAAACCUUCCGAGGGAGAUGAUAGCAAGCUGAUGCUUAGUCUCAAAGAGUUCAACAAAGAAGUUUGCCAAAACAACUUGCUUAAAGAGUUUGAGGAUGUUUUCCGGAUGAUAUACCACCUGGAUUACCACCAUUGCGAGGCAUCGAACAUCGUGUUGAUUUUGCACCGGGUUCAUCAAUCCCCAAUAGGCCAGCUUAUAGGUGAUAAUUCAUGGCGUAUGUGUGUUGAUUGCAGAGCCGUCAAUGCAAUUACUGUGAAAUACCGACAUCCAAUCCCUCGAUUGGAUGAUAUGCUUGACGAGUUGCAUGGAGCACGAUUGUUUACAAAAAUUGACUUAAAGAGUGGGUACCAUCAAAUUCGUAUGCAACCCGAAGAUGAGUGGAAAACAACUUUUAAAACUAAGUUUGGGUUGUACGAGUGGCUAGUCAUGCCAUUCGGGUUGACAAACGCGCCGAGCACUUUCAUGCGGUUGAUGAACCAUGUGUUGAGAGAAUUUAUUGAAAAGUUUGUGGUGGUAUACUUUGAUGACAUACUUGUCUAUAGUACUUGUUUGGAAGACCAUCUAGGACAUGUUAGGCAAGUUUUUCAUGCAUUAAGAAAUGCUAAAUUGUAUGGUACGUUAAAUAAAUGCAUUUUCCGCACUAAUAAAAUUAUUUUCCUUGGCUUUGUUGUAGGUGCAGAUGGUCUUAAGGUUGAUGAAUCUAAAGUUGCUGUAAUCCGGGAAUGGAAAAAAUGUACAAGUGUGGCCGAUGUCCGGAGGUUCCUUGGAAUGUAUGGAUUCUUUAGGCGAUUCGUACCACACUUUAGUGUGAUAGCAGCCCCAUUGACCUCCCUUUUAAAGAAGAAUGUUCCAUUUAAGUGGGAGGCAAGUCACGAAGCAUCCUUUGAGAAGCUUCGGGAUAGUUUGACACAUGCUCCGGUUUUGGCACUACCCGAUUUUGAACGAGCUUUUGAAGUCCAAUGUGAUGCUAGUGGAGUUGGUAUAGGUGAAGUACUAUUACAAGAAGGACGACCGAUUGCUUAUUAUAGUGAGAAAUUCAAUGGAGCAACCCUUAAUUACUCGACAUACGACAAGGAAUUAUAUGCGGUUGUGCAAGCCCUGAGAGUUUGGCAACAUUACUUGCUGCCAAAGGAGUUCGUGAUUCACACGGAUCAUGAGACCCUCAAGCAUUUGCGUGGGCAGCAGCAACUCAAUCAGCGUCAUGCUCGGUGGGUAAGCUUUAUUGAGCAAUUUCCAUAUGUGAUUAAGUAUAAACAAGGGAAAGAGAACGUAGUUGCUGAUGCACUCUCUCGAAGGAAGUGUGAGAAGCAUGGUUUGAUGAUUAUUAUAAGCAUGAUGGCUAUUUGUUUCAUGGAUAGUCAUGGUAGUCAUAUGCUUGGACAUUUUGGUAGACAUGCUACAUUUGAUGUUCUUAGCGUUCACUUUUACUGGCCUCAUAUGCGUAAACAUGUUGAUUCUUUUGUUGAUAAGUGUCUUGCAUGUAGAGUGGCGAAGAGUACUUUGAAGCCCCAUGGUAUGUAUACUCCUCUUCCCACUCCGGAAGGCCCUUGGUUAGAUAUUUCUAUGGAUUUUGUUCUUGGUUUAUCUCAGACACCGCGUGCUAAAGACUCAAUUUUUGUUGUGGUUGAUAGAUUUUCCAAGAUGGCUCACUUUAUACCUUGUGCGAAAACGACAGAUGCUAGUCAUGUGGCAAAGCUUUUCUUUCGAGUGGUUGUGAAAUUGCAUAGGGUCCCAAAAACUAUUGUAUCUGACAGGGAUGUAAAAGAACGCUUUCCGGAGCUGCGGCGUAGGAAACUUUCUCCUCAUGGAGCUGGUCCAUUUCGUGUGUUGGAGCGCAUAAACGAUAACGCAUACCGGAUUGCACUUCCGGAAGACUUGGGCGUGAAUGCGACUUUCAACGUAGCCAAUUUGAGCCUUUUUGAUCACGCUGAAGAUGCUACUUGCCUUGAGUACAAGGCAGCCAAAAAUGCUACUACUAGCCUUGAGGACAAGGCAGCCGAAGGGGGAGAGGAUGACACGGCUCCGGAUCACCCGAACCCAAACUUAGACGGACCGAUUGCAACCCGAACCCAGUCGAAGCUACUUGUUUGCUUGGAGGUUGUGAUCCUUUGA